GCACGGUGUCGCCUCCCGGCCGACCAUGGACUGGCGGGAGGAGGGCGCAGGGCGCCGCCGCUGCUCUCGCCCCUAGCCCGGCAUUCCCUCAUCCUUCCGCCCGCUCCGGUCCUCUGGGGGCUUGGUGACUGCGUCUUCUUCGCCCAGACGGCGCUGGGGAGCAGGGGAUCUUCGCUCCGGGUCUCCGCGAUGUGCACGUCUGAGAUGGGGACGCUGUGGCACCAUUGGUCCCCCGUUCUCAUCAGCCUGGCCGCCCUCUUCUCCAAAGUGGCGGAAAGCCGAGGCAUCCUGGAAAGCAUCCAGAGGUUUUCCUUGCUGCCCACCUACCUUCCGGUGACCUACCACAUCCACCACGCCGACGUGUCCUUCUUCCUGAAGGAAGCCAACCAGGACAUCAUGAGAAACUCCAGCCUGCAGUCGCGCGUGGAGUCCUUCCUGAUUUACAAAUCCAAGAGGCUCCCGGUCCUGAAUGCCAGCUAUGGGCCUUUCGCCAUUGAGCAAGUGGUACCCCAGGACUUGAUGCUGCCUUCCAGCCCUUUUGGAUUCACCAGCAAAUUUUCUCUGAACUGGAAGCUGAAAGCGCACAUCCUGCGGGACAAGGUGUACCUGAGCCGGCCGCGGGUGCAGGUGCUGUUCCACGUGGUGGGCAGGGACUGGGAUGACCCCGGCCCCGCGCAGGCGCAGAAGCUGCCCUGCCUGCGGGUGUUUGCUUUCCGGGAGACCCGGGAGGUGCGGGGCAGCUGCCGGCUGCAAGGGGCCCUGGGGCUGUGCGUGGCGCAGCUGGAGCUCCUGGCCAGCUGGUUCAGCCCCCCGACGGUGGUGGCCGGGAGGAAGAAGUCGCUGGAGCCCUCCGAGGGCAGCCCCGUGGAACUCUACUACACUGUGCAGCCGGGGGACUGGGACGAGCGUGGAGACUGUGUCAAGGACGAAGCCAGGAAAGCUGGAGGGAUGCGUCCGGAUGUCGAUGAAUCGGGGCCUCCCUUGCAGAGGAUCGGGAGUGUGUUUCUUUACCAGACCCACAGCCGGCCAGCCCUGAGAGAACUACGUUUGGAUAACAACGUGGCCGUCCAGUACGUGCCAAAGACGGUCAGGCAAGGAGAUGUGCUGACUUUUCCCAUUUCCAUCUCCAGAAACUCCACCGAGGACCGCUUCACCCUGAGGGCAAAGGUGAUGAAAGGCAUGAACAUCAUUGGGGUGAGAGCCAGCAGCCCUUCCAUGUGGGAGGUCAAGGAGAGCACGGAUUACACGGGGAAGUACACGCCAGCUGUCAUCAUGUGUCAGAAGAAAUCUGCUGGCUCAGAAAACCGGGUGGAUGGCUCCUCCUAUGAAGUCAUGCAGAUCGAUGUAGAAAUUGAAGAGCCCAGUGACCCACCAGCCACACAGCUUGUCACCUGGCAGGUUGAAUAUCCAGGAGGAAUCACAUCUGACUUGGGCGUAUCCAAGAUCUACGUGAGUCAAAAGGACCUGAUUGGUAUCGUCCCACUGGCCAUGGAGGCAGAAAUCCUGAACACGGCCAUCCUCACGGGGAAGACGGUGGCCGUGCCGGUGAAGGUGGUCGCCGUGGAGGAGGACGGCACCGUGGCAGACCUGCUCCAGUCUGUGCAGUGCCGAUCGUCUGAUGAUGAUGUCAUUAAGGUUUCUGACAGAUGUGACUAUGUCUUCGUCAAUGGGAAAGAAAUGAAAGGCAAGGUGAACGCGAUGGUUCACUUCACCUACCAGCACCUAAGCAGUCCUCUGGAGAUGACGGUGUGGGUGCCUCGGCUGCCCCUACAGAUCGAGGUCUCGGACACCGAGCUCAACCAGAUCAAGGGCUGGAGGGUCCCCAUCAUCUCCAACAAGAGGCCAGCUCGGGACAGUGAGGAAGAGGACGAAGACGAGAGAAGGGGCCGGGGCUGCACUCUUCAGUACCAGCAUGCCAUGGUGCGAGUCUUGACUCAGUUUGUGGCCGAGGCGGCUGAGCCUGGGGCACACCUGGCCCACCUGCUGGGCUCGGACUGGCAGGUGGACAUCACGGAGCUGGUAAAUGACUUCAUGCAGGUGGAGGAGCCCCGGAUCGCCAAGCUGCAGGGGGGGCAAGUCCUGAUUGGCCAGGAGCUUGGGAUGACCACCCUUCAGAUCCUGUCACCUCUGUCAGAUGCCAUCUUGGCUGAGAAGACCAUCACUGUGCUGGACGAGAAGGUGACAAUCACAGACCUCGGGGUCCAACUGGUGACAGGGCUGUCCCUCUCCCUUCAGCUCAGCCCAGGGAGCAACAGAGCCAUCUUCGCCACUGCAGUGGCUCAGGAACUUCUGCAAAGGCCCAAACAGGAGGCAGCCAUCAGUUGCUGGGUCCAGUUCAGUGAUGGUUCUGUCACCCCCUUGGAUAUUUACGAUGCAAAAGACUUCUCGCUGAUGGCCACAUCCCUGGAUGAGAAGGUGGUCUCCAUCCACCAAGACCCCAAGUUCAAGUGGCCUAUCAUCACUGCCGAAGCCGAAGGACAGGGAGCUCUGGUCAAGGUCGAAAUGGUUAUUUGUGAAUCGUGCCAGAAAUCCAAGCGGAAGAGCGUGCUGGCUGUGGGGACCGCCAACAUCCACGUUAAAUUUGGCCAAAACGACGCCAACUCCAACACCAGUGACAGCAGACACUCGGGGGCGGGAGUUCACCCGGAUAAUAACAUCAGCAACAGAAGACCCCCCAAACCCUUGCAAGAGUGGGGGAGUCCCGAGGGCCAGUACUUUGGCAGUUCGUCCAUGGGCCUCAUGGAAGGAAGGGCCUCCACAACAGAGAAGUCCACCUUCCAGAAGAACCAGGGCCAGGAGAGCCUUUUGGAUGAUGACAGCCAUUUGCAAACCAUGCCCUUUGACCUCACCAGCUUCCCAGCCCAGGUGGACCUGACCAGAAGCAACGGGGAAACGGAAGACCCCACGCAGGCAUCCAAGGGGCUGAGCGACUUGGAAAUCGGGAUGUACGCCCUGUUGGGUGUCUUCUGCCUGGCCAUUCUGGUCUUCCUAAUAAACUGCGCGACCUUUGCCUUUAAGUACAGGCACAAACAGGUGCCCUUCGAAGAACAGGAAGGUAUGAGUCACUCGCACGACUGGGUUGGACUGAGCCACCGGACCGAACUCUUGGAGAAUCACAUCAACUUCGCCUCCUCCCAAGAGGAGCAGAUCACCGCCAUCGACAGGGGCAUGGAUUUUGAAGAAAGUAAGUACCUUCUCAGCGCGGGUUCCCAAAAGAGCAUCAAUGGACAACUGUUCAAAAUGUCAGGCUCCACCCUCACGGAUGGGAAGGAUCAGAAGAGCGAGCCCCCCACGUCCCCUACCUCCAAAAGGAAAAGAGUGAAGUUCACCACUUUCACCACCAUCUCCUCGGAGGACGGGUGCUCCACCGUGAACUCUAUAGCCACAAGUCGGGAGGAUACCAUGAACUGGGUCCACCAGGAUCUGGACCCUGGGGAGUGUCGAGAGUCAUGCGGCUACGUGGAAGGUUUACACGAGGCUGUGUAAGCCGGGGGCGUUCACGCACCUUGGUUCUCACUCACCUUUCGGCCUUUAAUUUGGGGACAUGUGGCAUUCCCCAGUGGGGGAAAGAAAAAGACAGGACAAGGAGCUCCCUGGUGGCUCAGUGGGUUAAGGAGCUGGUGUGGCCACUGCUGCAGCUGAGGGUCGCUGUUGUUGGUGAGGGUUCAAUCCCUGGCCUGGGAACUUCCGCAUACCAUAGGCAUGACCAAAAAAAAGCAAAAAAAAAAAAAAGGAGAAGAUAAGGCUGAUAUUAUCCACAGAGCCCCAGAAAAUGACCUUAGCUCCAAGAGGGAGGCCUCAAGUGGGACUCGAUCGAGGUCCACAUUGCAGGGUACAGUGUCUUGGUCUGUGUUGAGAGGUUUAUCAUCAUGCAUGGCAAGAUUUUUUUAAAAACUUGAAAGCAAAAUGAGUUCUGAAUCACCAAGCUUUGGAGAGCUUCCAGAAAGAACAGUCUCUCCCCCCAUCUCUAAUCAGUUUGGAUAUGGUCAAAGCCAUGCAGCUGCCAGAGUCAGCGCUGCAGACUGCAGGUGCAAAACCAGACUCAGGUUGUGCAGAAGCAGAGAGAUGAGAAGUGGUCCUUGCAACUGGUGCCCUACAUCCCGCUGUGAGCAUGAGCAGAGGCGGAGUCCAGCACAGCCCGCAGCUCUCAGGAGGCAUGGGUCCUCUCAAGACUGGGUCCAGGCAAGCCCAGGUUCUUGACAAACCCAGGCAGUUGCCGACAAGGACUGAAAGGGAACCAGCGGGCAGAUAAGCCACCAAUAUAUUUGUAACUAGAUUCUAAGGUCAAACGCGCGCGCACGCACGCACGCACACGCACACACACAGACACACACACAACCCCUCUGAGCCAUUCAGAGCAUCUCUUGUUGUGUGUAAACGAGGGGUCCUGGGUACAGUGUUUCAAAUGAGUUCAAAGAACCAGGCUUGCUUUUUUUUUUUUUUUUUUUAAGCAAAAUAACAGUGUUCACAUUUGUACACAUCCCCUGCAUCGCCGCCUUUCCAAAAGUCGUUGGUCACUUGUGGGCGGGGCUGGGGGGGGCAGUGUCAGCCAGCAUUCAUUGGGUCUCUUCCACUGUGGCCUCUGUGACAACCACAAGGUGACAGGCUACACUGAGGGCCCAGUGGGUGACCUCCACACGUGUCUUUCUUUGAAGAGGCUGGUCUUUGAGGGUCAGCAGCACUCACGGUGAAUUCGGCCCCAAGGAACGCCCGUGCCCCUUUGCUCUUCCAGAGAGAGGAGAGGCCUGUUUGGGGGAUGGGCCUGUCACAGUCCCAUCCAGUCGGCUGCUCAAGGCUAAGGAGACCAGGCUGAGUCUCCAAGCAGAGGAUAGAGGGUGGGACUUGGGGUGUGUGAUGAGAUGGGCCCGGCGGGGAAGCCUGUCCCUGCUCCGUGUGGGUGGAAUGCGAGGCUUCUUUUCCACCUUGGAGAGGUGGAGGGGGCCCAGGGGCUGCCGAACAGGGAGGAGGGUUGGGUUAUGCCAGCGUUUGGUCCUCAUGUCAGCCCUCAAAGGGUUAAUGUUGCUUAAAAUCAGAAGGACCCUUGAAUAUCUCCAAAAUCACUCAUAUGCUGCGAAGCCUUAUGAAAACAGAGGUAGGGGAAUGCCUGUUGUGGCUCAGCGGGUUAAGAUCCCAACAUAGUGUCCAUGAGGAUGCAGGCUUGAUCCCUGGCCUCGCUCAGUGGGUUAAGGAUCAGGCGUUGCCACAAGCCUCUGUGUAGAUCGAAGAUGUGGCUGCGAUCUGGUGUGGCUGUGGCUGUGGCAUAGGUCUGCAGCUGCAGCUCUGAUUCAGCCCCUGGCCUGGGAACUUCCAUAUCCUGCAGGUGCAGCUGUUUUAAAAAAAAAAUAUAUAUAUAUAUAUAUAUCAGAAGUGGGGAGAAAUGAAGGUUCUUACUCCCUUGCCACACUCAUUCCAAAGCAGAAAAUGAUGGUGGAACCAUUGCCAAGCAGGUCUGGUUUUGAGAAUUUCGGUCAAGGGAGAAGUUACCCAGAGGAAGCCAUCCUGUUGAAGUGUGUGUGUGUGUGUGUGUGUGUGUGUGUGUGUGUGUGUAUUUUCCCUCCUAUGUAUCUUCUCCUAUCUCUCUGCUCUUUUGAUUUCUUUUCCAAUUUCUCUUCCUCUGUGUGUCUGUGUUCUCUGAACCUCUCUGCUUCCUCUGUCUCUCCUCUCUGUGCCUCUCUUUCUGUAUAUAAUUGAAUUCUCCUUAGAUCAAGGGUGUCAAUGCCACCAGUUUACCCUGAAUCUCAGCACUCUCGUCACCCAAACUACGGUGCUGUAAGUUUGCUCAAAGACUGGGAUUCCAGCUACCAUAAGCCGCCUGCUGCCAUCCCCAAGUUGAGUUUCUCUGUCUGGCAGGGUGAUUAAGCUGUCACCCCUUUUCAAUGAUAAUCCUUUCCUUUCAGCGCCCCCCCCCAUUUCAUUCACUCUUUCCCGCCUGAUAUUCCGUUGAAUCUCACAGCCGCUGCCCCGUCUCCAGUCCCUCUGCGUGCAGAAUGUAUUGUAGAUUGUAAGAAUGUAAUAUAUAUUUAUAAACUUACUGACUGUAAAUAUAAAGUUUGCCUUCCGGGGCUUUAUGGCUGUCCUUUGUCUUUCUAACACACUGACCCCCCCCCUCCCCCCAGGGGACCUGGCGUCCACAGCAAAUGACUCCAAAGCUGCGGCUUUGGGUAAAUGAAAAUGCAGAUUUAAGGAUCCCAGCACAAUCCAAUUACAUCAUGUAAUUCAGAGCUCACUGCUCUCUGCAUUGAGGCGAUGUUGACACAUGAUGACAGAGUAUGUUGUAUACUAAGUAUCUCUCCUGCAGGACCUGAAAGGAUUUGCAAAUAAAUCACACAUGCAAUUCUCUGCUAAAAGCCUGCUGACGGACGGCGGUAAGUGAGAAGCAUGGCAGGCGAGUGAACAUUCCAGCCUCCCUUUGGGCUUCAGAGAGGAAAAGGGCUCUGUCAUUUCUUUGGCUCUCGCUGGUACAUUCAGAUGUCAGCUUCCUGAGGCAGGUAUGUACCCAGGGUGAUUCUGGGCUGAGUUUAAGAAAAAAAAAAAAGUUGAUUUUUAGAUUCCUCUAUUAAUCAAAUCCCCAGAUGAUUCCCCAGAAAAGGAGGUUGCAUGAAAUCCUCAUCUUUGUGCAGAGUAUCAAGUGAUGGAUCAUUCGCUUUUUCAACCAGUAUUUAUUAAACAUCUACUGUAUGCUAGGAACUAUGGAAAACACUGGAGGUGAACAUCAGUAAAUAGGGCAGACCUGUGCUUACUCUUAAAGAGCUUACCUCCAGUGGAGGGGGAGGGGGGAAGGAGAUAAAGAGCAGACAAGAUAAUUUGCAGAUAGUCAUAAAUUGUAUGAAGAUGGGUUACAGAACAGACAAAGAUGGAGUAAACAUUGAACACGUUGGCUGUUUCACCUAGAAACCCUGGAUGCCUGUCUUCUCUCAAAAAUUCAGACGCUCUUUGGGAGUUCCCAUCAUGGCCCAGUGGUAACAAACCCAACUAGUAUCCAUGAAGACAUGGGUUCGAUCCCUGUCCUCGAUCAGUGCGUUAAGGAUCCAGCAUUUCCAUGACCUGUGCUGUAGGUCGCAGACGUGGCUUGGGUCCUGUGCUGCUGUGGCUGUGGUGUAGGCCAGAAACUGUAGCUCUGUUUCAACCCCUAGCCUGGGAACUCCCAUAUGCUGAAGGAGUGGCCCUAAAAAGAGGAAAAAAAGUUUCAGAUGCUCCGGCAAAAAGAGGCUUACAAUCCAACUUGGCCCUAAUGGGACCCUGUGGGUUGCUGCUGUUGCCUCCAGGCAGGAUGGGAGUGCCCCCCCAUACGGCCCAAGGUCCCUGAGAGCCCCCCCACACCCAGAUCAUCUCCCCAACUCAGGAGUGCAAAUUUCAUUUUGCCACUGCCUCACCGUUUUUCUUAUAAUAGCGAAAUAUUUCUCCCCAGCCAUGUCCCUACCCCAAAGGGCAGAAAACAGAGAUGGAGGAAACUGUGUGUUCUCCAGACAAAACUAGGAGAAGUAUAUUGUUGUAUGGAAGAGAGAGCCUCUGCAUCUCCCAGGAAAAUAUAAAAUGUUGUCUAAAGAUCACAACUGAUGGCGUUCCCUUCAUGGCUCAGCGGUUAACGAACCUGACUAGGAUCCAUGAGGAUGUGGGUUCGAUCCCUCACCUCGCUCAGUAGGUUAAGGAUCUGGCAUUGCCAUGAGCUGUGGUGUAGGUUGCAGAUGCGGCUCGGAUCUGGUGUAGGCCGGCGGCUACAGCUCCAAUUAGACCCCUAGCCUGGGAACCUCCAUGUGCCACGGGUGUGGCCCUAAAAAGCAAAAAAAAAAAAAAAAUCAGAACCGAAGAUGUGUUCAUCACAACCCCUAAUACGAUCUCUGCACCCAGGAGCCAGGAAAGACAUAUGAAGAUCUUAGUAAACUGAUAUUUCAACAGCGUGUCUUUGGGAAUGGGAAAAAAAUAAGUGAUGCUGCUUGAUUUCUCUUAGCCUGGCCUGCUCCCUCAUUUUCAGCCCCUGCAGGGCAGGAGGCAGCAAGUUCCAGUCCUGUUGACUAAGAUCAGACCCCGCCAGCCCAUGGGAACCAGGAUCACCAGCGCCCCCCAGUGGAGGCCAUGGCUUCCUGCGGCUUUCAGUGCCCCGGACUUGAGUGAUCCUUCACCAGCUACAUUCAUUUUCGUAAGGAAGUCCCACAGACUGAGGACUACAGAACAGCAGACAUAUGCUGUCUCAAGCUGGAGGCUGGAAGUCCGAUAAGGUGGUGGUUCCUUCUGAGGCUCUGAGGGAGACUGUUCCAGCCCCUCCCGGCUCCUGGUGGAACACCCUUGUUGUUCCUUGUCCUGCAGACGCUCCACCCCAUCUCCGCCCCCACGUAAUGUGUAUGUGUCCAGUGUCCAUGUGAUGUGUCCAUGGGAUGGCGUUUUCCAUGUGAUGUGUUUGUGCCCAGUGUCCAAAUUUCCCCCUUUUGUAUAAACGCCCUGCCAUUUGGAUCUGCGCCCACCCUACUCCAGCAUGAUAUCAUCUUAGCUAGAAGGAGCCAAAAAGACCCUCUUUUCAAACAAGAUCAUAUCUAGUACUGGGCGUUAGGACUUCAACGUGUGAGGUUGAGGGGCACAGCUAGACCCAAAACACUUGCCUCUGACCGAGGUCUUGGACAGCGGAACUGGUGAGCAGACGGAGGGUGUAGCCAAAACUGACUUCUGCAUGCCAGCACCAAUGAAAUCUCAGAGACAGCGGUUAGGGUGAAGCAGAAAGAACAGCUUUAUUGCUUUGCCAGGCAAAGGAGGCCAUAGCAGGCUAACCCCUCAAAACUGUCUGCUCCUGAGAGAGGAUGGCAAGAGGUUUUAUGGGUUUAGCUUGAGAAAACAGGGCUGUUGAUAAGGAUUAGGGUCCUGCAUUCUUCUCCCUCUGUAGAUCAUUUCAAAGUCAUCAAGGCCAGAAUCAGGGGGUCGGUGACAGUUUCUGGUGGCCUCGGGAUUAUAGAACUUUGACCUUCUCUCUGCCCUGAAGAUGGCUCGCAAAAGGAAGGGGGUGUGGGGAGUGUUUCAAAGGGAAAGAAAACACCAGGUGCCAUGUAACUAACCAGAAAGCCAGCAUUAGUAAAAGAGAGCAAUGAAGCAAGGAAGAAACCAUUUGUGAAAAUCCGGGUAGAGUCAGUGAGGGGACCAAUGCAGAACGUAACAUGGAGACAGUUUUAACUAGUUUUUAGCUGUAUCCAUAUUUCCUCAUCAUUCACACUCGAGUCAGCCGUUUGAGACUGCAGGGAGGCUAAGGAAGAGCCUUUUUCUUAAAGCACAAGGACCCGGCAGCUUGUACACAGUUUCAAGGGCCACUGAAUGCUCAAUGGACCGAUCAGGGUAUGAGGGUUCCAGGAAUAUGUGUCUGAUCUGGAAAAAGCCUUGCCUUGCCCUCAGUUUCACACCCACUUUACAAAUGAGGCUGUGCUAGGAUCCCCUGGGAGUGCAAGUGAGUCAUUUAUCUCUUUCCUUCUGGGAAUCUCAGAACUGGGAAUUAAUUACCCCAUGUGUCGCUUCCCAAGAUUCUACCAUUAGGGCCUCACCAGUCCCUCCCCAACCCCCCACUCUGCUGUGGCAGCAGCCCUAGGGGUCCUGGCAGGGAUGCAGUUGAUCCAAGGGUGCUCCCUUGUGAUGGCUCAGGUCCUCCAGUCCAGGGGUCAUUGGGUCAUUGAUGGCGAGGAUUAGCAAGGCUGUGACU